AGCAGCCAAGCCCAGGGCCACAGGGUUUGGGCAGAAACCAGGACCAUGGCCAAGCUGGUGGAGUGUGUCCCCAACUUCUCAGAGGGAUGCAACAAGGAGGUGAUCGAGGCGCUGGGGCAGGCCAUCUCCCGGACACCAGGCUGCACACUGUUGGAUGUGGACGCUGGUGCCUCCACCAACCGUACUGUUUACACCUUUGUGGGAACCCCUGAAGCUGUUGUUGAAGGGGCACUGAGCGCAGCCCGCGUGGCUUGGGAGCUCAUUGACAUGGGUCAGCACAAGGGUGAACAUCCUCGCAUGGGGGCCCUGGAUGUCUGCCCCUUUGUGCCAGUGAUGAAUAUCAGCAUGGAAGAGUGUGUUGUUUGUGCCCACAUCUUCGGGCAGCGCUUAUCAGAGGAGCUGGGAGUGCCUGUAUACCUGUAUGGAGAGGCAGCCAGGCAGGAGAGCAGGAGAACCCUGCCUGCCAUCCGUGCUGGGGAAUACGAGGCACUCCCCAAGAAGCUUGAAAAACCUGAGUGGGCUCCUGAUUUUGGGCCCCCUACCUUUGUUCCCCAGUGGGGGGCCACAGUGACGGGGGCCCGGACGUUCCUGAUUGCAUACAAUAUCAACCUUCUAUGCACCAAGGAGCUGGCACACCGCAUCGCCCUUAACAUCCGUGAGCAGGGUCGUGGCACCGACCAGCCUGGAAGCUUGAAGAAGGUGCAAGGCAUUGGUUGGUAUUUGGAGGAGGAGAACAUAGCCCAGGUUUCAACAAAUCUCCUGGACUUUGAGACCACACCGCUCCAUGCUGUCUAUGAGGAGGUCUGCUGUAACGCAGAGGCAUUGAAGCUCCCUGUGGUGGGAUCCCAGCUGGUGGGGCUCAUUCCCAAGAAAGCUAUGCUAGAUGCAGCUGAGUUUUACAUCAAGAAGGAAAAACUCUUCAUACUGGAAGAGGAACACAAGAUCAAACUGGUUGUCAGCCGGCUCGGUCUGGACUCCCUGUCUCCAUUCAACCCCCGGGAGCGCAUCAUCGAGUACCUGGUGCAGGCAGGACAGGAGGACAAGGGACUGGUUGCAAAGCCACUGGGUGCCUUUGUGCGAGCAGUCGGCGGGAGGUCAGCAGCGCCAGGAGGAGGAUCGGUGGCUGCAACUGCAGCCUCUCUAGGAGCGGCCCUGGGCUGCAUGGUGGGCUUGAUGAGCUAUGGGAAGCGGCAGUUUGAGCAGCUGGAUCCCAUCAUGAGGAAUGUGAUCCCUCCCCUCCACCAGGCCAUGGAUGAGCUGGUUGCCAUGGUGGAUGCCGACUCCCGUGCCUUCAGCAGCUAUAUGGAAGCUAUGAAGCUGCCAAAAAGCACCCCUGAGGAGAGGGAAAGGCGAGCGGUCGCCAUGCAGCAGGGGUUGAAAACAGCGGUGGAAGUGCCCUGCACCCUGGCAGUGAAGGUGAACAACCUCUGGUCCUCACUGAAGAUGCUGGCGCACCAUGGCAACCUGGCCUGCAAAUCUGACCUUCAGGUGGGAGCCAAAAUGCUGGAAGCCGCUGUGUUUGGAGCCUAUUUUAAUGUCAUGAUCAAUCUCAAAGACAUAACAGAUGAGAAAUUCAAGGCUGAGGUAAGCAGGUGCUGCAUUUGUGUCCCAGCCCUGGUAGUGUGGACGAGUCCAGGAUCCCUGGGACUCUGUUCAGAGGGGCUUUGGGGGUUGUGGGCAUAAGGGUACACUUGUGCCAGGGUAGA